GAGAUAUGGAUCAGUGGAGACAAAUAGACAUACAGUUGGAAACCGUGGAUCGAAUGAUAAUCGACGAGGAAGUUGUGCAAGUAUGAUUGUCAAUGAUGUGUAUGAAACGAGUGGAGCUGUUAACAACAACAACCACGCCAUCCACACGUGUAGUCCUCCCACCCGAGACCCUCUUCCUCCACUGACCAUGUCGGAGAUGCCAGCUCGCCCUCCACGCUCACAGCACGCGCAGACACGAGUCACUGCUGCUGAUGUUCAUCAUGUUUCUCGUAACGCAUCAUUGGGAGCAGAAGAGAAUACCUACGUGUCUGCACCUGAGGUUCGAGAGAAAAAACGAUUGAAAAAACAAGUUGGAGCUGAUGACUCACGGGGCGACACCUAUGUUUCGGCAAGAGACGUUCGCAAAGAAAAGAAGAGAGCAAAAAAAGAAUGCAAGGCACCUCUAGCCAAAGUCAGCGAUGAAGCCCAAACAACGAUGUUACUGGUGAGCAUGCAGUGA